AACUGCAAGAAGCACGGGCUUGGGGACCAUCCGAAGGCGAAGGUGAAGUAAACUGAAGUUAAUUUUUGAUUCCAGCCCUUUAUUGUGAAAGAUCGAGAAGAAGGAAAGGAAUUAGAUCUACAAAAGUCAAUGCUUCAAAUUUCUUGUAACUCCCAGUCAGCGACAGUGUAGAAGACCUGCAGCAGGCUGAUGUGUGUGGGUUGUAGGAUUUCUUAUGGAUCGCUGGCUGCAGACACGGACUUGCUGAUGUUUACUGCUCAGUGGAACUACGCUUGGGUGAUGCGCUUGCGUCUUUUUACAAGUCGUAAUUCGUACCACCCGUAACAAAGCCCCGUUCAAGUCAUGUGUUUUUGUCCUUAGUUUACAUCCUGGAUAUGGCAGCCAGGCCGAUCCAGAACAAGUGUGGGAAGUUCGUUGCUUGCCAGCUUGUCUCCGUGUGGCUAGUGGCUCUUUUCGUCAUACUGGUGCGUAGCCAUCGCCUUCUAACAUUCCGCAGACAGAUCGAUCGUGAGCUGGGGCUAAGUACAGUCUAUCAUAGCAACACACAGACACACUCUCAUCCAGCAGAGGAAAAGGAACGAAGCCGACAGAGAAGACUGAAUCCCCAAGUGAUUCAUAUCCAACAGUCGGUUCUUCCUGGACCUCCGGCAGAACAUCCACUGGGAUCAGUCGUCGUUCUUCUCUGCAACAUUAGCCACUCCCUACCGGUGGACUCCCAAUGGUUCACUAGGCAGAUGGGUGUGGAUGGGUCCAUGGAGACGAUAAAUCCAGUUUUGGAGGCACGCUACUCUCAUCCGUACAUUAUCCCGGAGAGCAGUGAAAGUACAGUACUGGCGGCCAUCAAUAUCACGAUCACGAAUGCCGACACUCUGUUCAUCUACAAAUGCGUUGUGAAUCCCGGCAAUGGCCUGCCUUGGAAGUUCAACACUGAAGGAUUCCAGCUGGAUAUAGGUGCCGUGCCUGAUCCGUCACCUGCCACUAGUCCAACAACAGCUACAGCAGCCACCCAAACAACGUCCGGUGCGAUUUCUUCACAAACAGCCUCAAUGUCCAUGUCAAGCACUUCUAGCCCGAAUGAUACUCUUGUCACCGAGAAUCGAGACGAAGCUUCCACUCAGAAGAAUCUGCUACUGAUUGCCUAUGCUGGCGGUCCGGUGUUUGUAGUGGCAUGCACGGUUUUCUUCAUCCAUCAGUACAGGAAAAGCCACAACGCAGACACUGAGGCAGACCAUAAUAGCUGGUCUGUGCGGUCUCAUUUUCGUAUCGGGAACCAGGUCUCCGGCCAGAACAUGAGAGAGCAGACUUCCGAGCAGCCUUUGGCGGCAAUAGACGGCAAGAGGACGAUGCCCCGUUACAAACGCCCUAAGGCCAGCACACCUAAAUCAAGAAGCACCGGCAAUGUGGCAAAGCAGGAUGACCCCAAGCACGUCAAGUCUGAUGAUGCUGACGAUUACUUGUGUGACCCCAUAGAGAAGCAUGCAGGAUUUACCGACCUGUCAGAGCUGGGCACAGCACCAAGACAACUAUGUUACGAGGCACCAUCCAGACCGCAUACACAGUCACCUGCCUCCAUGACUCACGGCUGGAGCAAGCACGGCGCUCGCACCGGUGGGGAGAAUCAUACAGCCACCGUCGCUGCUGCGUCUCCUCGCACAGCUCGCAGGGACACUACUGCGACUGUCUCCGGCAUAUCUACAGCCACCAGGGCCGGUAUGGCAGGUCGCUGGUCUGGCUGCUUCACACCGAGCAGAAUCAGCAAGCAGGAUGUGACAGCGGCCGGCUGGGAUGAGCAUGACACCACCUCCAAUGUCUCGUCGGAACCGUACUGCGAGUCUAACGAACUGCCUGCGCAGCAGGUGAGCUACGAGACCAGUGUGGAACACCUACCCGAUUGGACCGUGGUCACAGAGCCUGCGCAUGAAGCUUCGGAUUUCCCCAGUGCCAUCGACAUGGCUGGGAGCAAUCCUGUUGCUGGCACAAUAUCUCAGGAGUCGGUUCCAAGUGCCGAUGAUACUGAAUCUAAACAGAGAGCGGGCCAUCAGCCUUAUGAGCCCGAAUCAGCUAUAUACGACGAAGUGGAGGCAAUGUAUGGAAAGCUAAAAGCAAAUGAGAAAGUAGUGACAUUGAGUGAAUUUAAAAGACCCAAUGUUACGUUUGAUGAGCAGGUCGGCGCGAGUUCCACCACUGGCGGUAAAGCAUGGACCACAGCACCACCAAAGCGCCGCACCUCCAUGUCACAGAAACUCAGAUCGAAAAUGCGCCGGCUACCGGAGAGGAUGAUUGACGAGCAGGCACUGAAUGCCAGCCUGCUGGUUACACCAACACCGUCAAUGCGAGGAGCUAUGCCGAACUCACUGAGCCGUAGGCAGUCUAACCUGACAAUCUGUUCCAGAGCAGGAGAGGAUUUAACGGCCGCCAGUGGCGCCCGGAGCCGGUCACAAUCCUUCUCGCCAAAUGCUGCCACACCAAAUCCAGCCUAUCGCAGUGUGACACCCAGCUG